AUGGCAAUGAUGGAAACCCCCAGCAAAGGACUAAAAAAUGCUGAAGAACCCUUUAGUAACGUGUCCCCUCUCCUUUUGAAAAGCCUAGUCGAGGAGCCCAAGAAACGAAGAGAAGUACCUAAUCACCUCCUCGAAUCAAAGGUUUAUGCAAAACUUCUGAAUAAUAAGGUUAUACAGGCAAGACCUGGCAUAGUACAUUUUGGAGGCUAUCAAGUAGAAAAACAACACCAACAGAUUCUGCAUCUGGUCAAUGUCUCCGAUGAAGACACACAUGUUCAUGUUUUACCUCCACAGACCAAAUACUUUCAGAUCAGUUAUGUGAAAAAGGAACACCACCUUGUCCCUGGCUUGUCCCUCAUGGUCACCAUUACAUUUUCUCCAGAUGAGUGGAGAUAUUACUAUGACUGCAUCCGUGUUCACUGUAAGGGAGAUGACACUUUGCUCGUCCCUAUCCAUGCCUAUCCUGUCAUGAACACACUGGACUUUCCCUCGUUUAUAAAUCUAUCAAAUGUUCUCCUUGGUGAAAGCAAAACUUAUGUUAUUCCUUUGCAGUGCAGCUGCCCUGUAGAUUUCGAGUUCCAUAUCACUUUGAUUCAGUCUCAUCAAGCCUUUGCUAUUGCACCAACAUCAGGAAUAAUUCCAGCUAAUGGGAAGAUGAAUGUGACUGUUAAGUUCACACCCUUUCAGUAUGGGAUCGCACAGAUAAAAAUGCAGUUGUGCAUUUCACAGUUCAACUCUCAGCCAUAUGAAUGUGUCUUCACUGGAACGUGCUAUCCCAACGUGGCCUUACAAUUAGAAGAAUUUGAAAGAUUAAAUAAUCUUUCUAAGAAAGUACACGUUCCUCCAGAAAAAGCGAUGACACAUAUAAAUUUUCACCAACUACCAGCAAAGACGAUGCCUCAAAAGAUUAAGGAAAUUGAGUACCAGAACCUAAGAUUUCCAGUAGACUUAUCAAAUCCAUUUGCUGUGGCGACAGUUUUAAACCAAGAACCAGGAAAAUUGAAGAUUAAAGAAUUAAAAGAAGUUUUGGACCAAGGCACUGAAAUUUCAAAAACAAGACAGAUGAAGGAGGCGCUCUUUGAACAGAAAGUCAGACAGAACGUUUCCGAAGAGAUUGAAAAUCACCUUAAGUGGCAGGUGCACCUUGGUAAAGAUCAUAUGUCUUUUAAAUUGAGGAAAGAGCUUACUGAGGAGCAGCUAAGAGCCUUCACCAAAUAUAAGCUAGAUAGAGGAGAUCCUAUUUUGGAUGAAGAAUUUCAGCGACUCAAGACAGAAGUUAGCAACAAACGGGUCAUUCGCAAUCUACAAGAGACAAUCAAGGAAUUUCAUCCUAGUUUUGAUCCACUGGUUAAUAAUACUUGGGUCAACAGGUUCAGGGCACAAAGACGGUUUCAACAAGCAGCACGCAAGAUCAUGGUUCAGCGACGAUUACUCAAUAUGUUGAAUGCUGUUCGUGAAAUGGACAGGAAGAGUGUGAUGAGAAAGCUGAGCCACGUGAAACCAUCAGCACAAGACAAGAAUCUCUCCAAAUACCUUCAGCCACGGAUCAGUCAGGAUGAUUAUUCUGUCCGCUUCUCUGUGUCACCCAAGGAAGUGCUGCCCUUCGCCUUCCCGUCCUACAGUCCUCCUCAGGACUCCAACGAGUUGGCUCCUGAUGGCCUUGGACUGGUCCCAAUUAAGCCUUCAGAAGUUCAAAUCAAGCAGAGUUUUUCCUUCUUCAAUUUGCAGGUUCCUCAACUGUACAAAAUUAAGAGGUAUCAGCCGUUCUCUGUCCACAAGGCUUCGACAAGUUACAGACCUCAAAAACUUGCUCGAGCCCUGAAGCAAGGAGCAGAGGAUGAGGUCACCACCAUCAUAGCCCUCCCGAAACAGGACUCCAGACCUCGGCUCUCUGGAAAGACCUCAGUCUUGAGCAUGAAGCCACCUGAGGCCUUAGCCGUGUCUCCAGACUAUGAUCCCCUUUAUAUUUUUAAUCCCAACCCAGGAUUAUUUGCUGUAAAGCGCCCUCUGACCUACAUGGAAACUUUGAUAGAUUACCAUCUGUGCUCUCACCCCAAGUACAAGUUUACCAAAGAGACCCAUGAUGGAUCCAGCAUUCCUGUUACCCAAAAGGAGUUUCUUCAUCACACGGACAUUAUUCCUGGAAUAAUGCACUGGAAGAGGUUCCAGUCCCUGGAUCUCUCUUCCCUGCCCGAAACCUCUAAGGCGGAGACGACACAGAGCUGCGAUUCCUUCAAUUCAGUCAUGCUUCCUAUAGACGUCCCUGCCGUUCUUGACGCCUUACCAGAAGAAGACAGACUGGAAAUAGUCGAACGUGAGCUCUGUGAACAGAAUGUAGAAGUUAUGUUGACUCCAGAAAUUAUCCAGGUGGAAUUCCCCAUGUUGGACUAUAAGGACAGCAGGAAGAAAGAAGUGAAAGACCAAGCACAACCAGCAGAGAACAUGGGAGAAAAAGUGCUCGAGGAGAUGAGGAAUCUGCAGAGCAAAGCUCUCAACACGUACCUGAUCCUACAGUGA